ACUUUUGAUUUAAUGGGCAUAUUCUCACCUUUGUUUACAUAUGUGUGCUCACAAGAGACAGAUGAGUGUGAACAGGCGAACAUGUGUGUGUGUUUGAAUGAGAGCCAGGAAAAGGGGAAGGGCCUCGAGUGAGCGGACGAAAACAGCUGCUCUUGUGUGCUAGAGAAACCUCAUCCAGAGAGAGCGAGCGUGGAGAGACGGACCAGCAGGGUCCAGAUCUCUAUAUGGGUUGUGCCCUGAGCGCGGAUAGCUGUGGGGACGAGCCAGAUUCUGUGCCCGUGAGAGGGUCUUCAAAGGGCGAGAGAUCAAAGUCCAGGAGAAACAUGAGGCUGACCAAGGCGGGGAAGGGCGAGCCCCACGUCUUUAAAGAAAAGACCUUCAAAAAGAAGCGGCAGUGUGGGGUGUGCAGGCAGAGCGUGGAGAAUUUGGGCUCUUUUUGUCGAGUCUGCAAAACGGCCACUCAUAAGAAAUGCGAAGCCAAGAUCAACACAGCCUGCAUCCCAGCGCAGCCCUCAGAACUGAGAAGGGGAACGUCCUCCUCUAGACACAUUCAGCAUCUGGGCUCAACCAAGUCUCUGACCUACACCAAACAGAGGAACACUCUCCCGAGGAGCUUCAGUGUGGACCGGGUCAUGGACAGAGUGAUGGAGAGACACUAUGACUUCGACCUCACGUACAUCACGGAGAGGAUCAUCUCUGUGUUUUUCCCUCCUCUCCUGGAAGAACAGCGGUACCGCCUCAACCUCAGGGAGGUGGCAGCCAUGCUCAAGUCCAAACACCAGGACAAGUUUCUGUUAUUCAAUCUGUCUGAGCGGAGGCAUGACAUCACCCGCUUGAACCCAAAGGUUCACGACUUCGGCUGGCCAGAUAUGCACGCUCCUCCUCUGGAUAAGAUCUGCGCCAUGUGCAAAGCCAUGGAGAACUGGCUGAACUCCGACCCCCAGCAUGUGGUCGUUCUGCACUGUAAGGGCAACAAAGGAAAGACAGGUGUUAUCAUUGCUGCCUACAUGCAUUACAGCAAGAUAUCAGCAGGAGCAGAUCAGGCCCUCAGCACAUUGGCAAUGAGGAAGUUUUGUGAAGAUAAAGUGUCGUCCUCCCUCCAACCCUCUCAGAACAGGUAUAUCUACUACUUUGGAGGGCUGCUCUCAGGGGCCAUCAAAAUGAACAGCAGUCCACUCUUCCUCCAUCAGGUCCUCAUUCCUACCAUCCCCAACUUCCAGGAAGAUGGAGGUUUCUUCCCUUUCCUGAAGAUUUAUCAGUCCAUGCAGCUUGUCUACACUUCUGGCAUAUAUGAUCUGCAGGGCUCUGGGAGCAGACGGCUGAUUGUUACUAUUGAGCCUGCGCUGCUGCUGAAAGGAGACAUCAUGGUAAAAUGUUAUCACAGACGGGUUCAGUCCCCCGAGAGGGACUCUGUGUUUCGACUGCAGUUUCAUACGUGCACCAUUCACGGAGCUCAGCUCUGGUUCGGAAAAGGGGAACUGGAUGAAGCUUGUUCAGAUGACAGAUUUCCCUCUGAUGCCACAGUGGAGUUUGUGUUUUCAUCUGGGCCUGAGAAAAUUAAAGGGAAGGUUAGCCAGAGGAAUGAUCCAGCUGUCAGCGUGGACUAUAACACAAAUGAUCCGGUGGUGCGCUGGGACUCUUAUGAAAACUUCAAUCAGAGAAAUCAGGACAGCCUAGAGGAUAUUGCUCACACACGUGGGCCUCUAGAUGGCAGCCUGUACGCUCAGGUGAAAAAGCGCCGCGCUGCAGGCUCCACCUCCCUGCCGUCCACUAAUGGGAGCCCUGCGAGGAGUUCCGAGGAACGUCCGAGUCAGCUUCUGUCUGUUAGCACUGAUUCUGGACAUUCAUCCGUCCCACCUGACCGACUCGAUGAGCCGUCUCGACAGGCUCCACCUACUCAGCAAGAGAGGGAGGAGCUUGAGCGCCUGCUGGGUGGGAUUGAAGGUGAUGGAGGGAGAGAUCGUGACCGAGAAACAGCCAUUUUGGAUGACGGUGAUUCCUUGCCUCCUGAAAGGUCUGGGUCACUGAGGCUAGGCCGUUCAUGCUCAUGUCGGGUGGGCUACCGAUCCCAGAGUUGUGCUGAGCCUGGAUGUGAUGGACUCCACCACUUAUCCAAUGGGUACUGCCUUGAUCGUCCCACCACCACUAAUGGACACACAGGGGCUCCUUCUCCAGGCAUGCCAUCCGUCAUAGGGCUUUGCCAACACCACAGUGCCCAUCCUCACCAAUCCCUGCCACCGCCAGAUCUGCUCUGGGACCGCCAACAAGGUCCACAGCACUAUCUUCAUCGCACUUGCUCAGAGGGGCCAUCACGCCACCUGUGUCCGUAUCCAUCCCAAGAGAUCAGUCCCCAUCCACAUAGUCUGUCACCCCGACUGCUCUGUAGGGCAGAUGAGUACAUUCCAUACCCCCACCACCACCACAACCAUCCACAUCACCCAAAACCUAGCGGUCCCUACCACGAUGUCAUGAUGAUAGAUGGCCUAGUGACACCUGGCUGCCUCUGUCGGGACUGCUGUCUACGGCGGGAAGAUUUCCACACCCUCCGUUUAGACAGAGAGGAGAGAAUACACUGGGAGAGGGAGGCAGAUCUUCACAGGGAUACUGGGUUAAGACGAGGCAGAGAUACUGAUAUGCAAAGAGGGGCAGAGAUAUGGGACCGGGAGGCAGGGCUAAGAAGGGGCAGAGAAAUGUCUCUGCACUGGGAAAGAGAUAGAGAAGCAGAACUACAGUGGGAGAGAGAACGGGAGGCAGAAUACUGGCACAGGAGGGCUACCGUAUCCCCCUAUGGGCCUCAUGGCCAUGAAUUACCAGCAUUUAACUUUGAUCCACUUCCCGCAGGCCAUCCUGCAUACCCUGAACCCUCCCGGUCCCACUCUCAUGCCCAUCUGGAUCUUAAAUACAGCAGCAGUUCCAGUGGAUACCAGACACCACAUCAGACAUGCCCUUGCUCCCCCUACCAGCAGUCACCUUCAGAGAGUCGUGGAUAUGCCUCGGGUUACCAGUCUGAGUCCACGUCCCCUCUCCCACCUCCCUCUGCCUCUUGCCCUGGCCCAGUGCAACAUGCCAGUGCACCUACAGAUAACCAAACAGACCCUCAGCAGUAUUCGUCUGAUACAAAUACAGAUUGCCCUGGUGCAGAUAGCAUAGGCUGGCGUAGUCACAUUACCCAUGGUUCCCUGCGGCGGACACAUCGAGAUCCAAAUGCCCCAUGUUCAACACCCUCUGAUAUUUCAGGACCUCCAACACCAGUACACACAAGCAGCCCCUUGCGAACCCAGGAAAGUCCAAGCCGUGAGUAUGAGUCAAGAGAAGCAAACAGUGAAAGCAGUUUGGCCCACUCCCACAACAGGAUGCACCCACCUGCCCUACAGUCCACCAGCACCAGUCUGGGAUCUCGGCAAACUGUACUUUCUUCCAGUCAAGAGAUUACUGAGAUACACCCCUUUUCUGCCACACCCACCACUGCUCAACAACUCUCUGCCCAUUCCUCGCCAACAACAUCUUCCACUUCACAAAUCUCAGCAGAACAGUCUACCCCUUUAACACCAUCUUCAGAAUCUACACAAUCACAAACAAACACCUCACCUACUGCUGCUACAGUGCCGCCCACAGGGGAAAUGGUACCACAAUCAACUGAGACUGUUAAACAAGCACAUUCACCAGGUCCCUCUUCUCCCAUGCCGUCCAAAUCCAUCCCAGCUCACUUGCAGAGCAAUGGAGUAUCUCCAUCUCCUGAAUCAGACAUCCCUUCUGCUUCUUCUGCCCCUGCAUCCCUACAGCCGCUCACUGGCGAACACGAGAGCUCUUCUUCCCCUGAACCCCCAGUGCCUGGUUUCGCGACACUGGGUCGGAAGCUAAUGUUGGGCUCUGAAAUAUCACUUCCUGCAGGACACAGUAUAGACGGCAGCCCCAGCUCCACUCCCACCUUCCCUAUUUCUCCAGCCUGCUGCACCCCAUCUCCUCCGCCAGGCUCCUACUCAGGCUCCAUCCCACAGCCUCCCCUUCCAGAAAAACGCCGCCCAUCAGGCCAGCCAGGAUCACCCAAUGGGAGGUCUGGAACUCUGAGGGCAUCCAUGAGUCAUCAGUCGUCUGGCCAACACCAUGUUACAUUCUCACCUUCAGUAGGAGAGCUGACUGUGCCCGCUGGACAGGGAGAAGUUGGUGUGGAGGGCGAGAUGGCCAGCCGUGUCAGUGUGAAAUUUGUGCAGGACAGCUCUCGAUUUUGGUAUAAACCUGGCAUCUCCAGAGAACAAGCUAUAGCAGCACUGAAGGAAAGAGAGCCAGGGUCCUUCCUCAUCCGAGACAGUAACUCUUUCCAGGGGGCCUAUGGUCUGGCUCUGAAAGUUGCCAGCCCACCCCCCAACGUCAAUAACCAUAGCAGCAAAGCAGGAGUAGACCCUCUGGAGCAGCUGGUUCGACACUUCCUGAUUGAGACAGGGCCUCGAGGAGUGAAGAUUAAGGGCUGUCAAAAUGAGCCCUACUUUGGGAGUCUUUCAGCACUGGUGUAUCAGCAUUCCAUUACACCUAUCUCUCUGCCCUGUGCCCUCCGCAUCCCAGAGAAAGACCCAAUAGGUGAAGUUGUGGAGGUUCAGCCGGUCAGUAACAUGAGUACAGCUGCAGACCUUCUGAAACAGGGAGCAGCCUGCAAUGUGCUGUACCUGAACUCCGUGGAGACCGAGUCUCUCACAGGACCCCAGGCCAUCGCUAAGGCCGCAGGGGCCACAAUGUCACGCAGCCCUCGGCCCUCUGCGACGGUGGUCCACUUUAAGGUGUCAGCCCAGGGCAUCACACUGACAGACAGUCAGCGCAGGGUGUUUUUCAGGAGACAUUAUCCAAUCAACAGCGUGACUUUCAGCAGUGUGGACCCACAGGACAGGAGGUGGACUAACUCAGACAGCACGACCUCUAAGGUGUUCGGUUUCGUUGCCAAGAAGCCCGGCAGCGUGGCGGAGAACGUGUGCCAUCUUUUCGCGGAGCUGGACCCCGAACAGCCAGCGACCGCCAUCGUCAACUUCAUUAACAAAGUAAUGCUGGCGCCGCAGAGACGCUAGGGCCCCGGGGACGAGGAGCACGAGGGGCACGGUUUAUCUUCACGAGACCGGAUCGUCAAGUUUCGAAGACUUUUCGGCUUCACCGUGAUGCCAAAACGCAUUAAAACCAAAACACGCUACAGAAUGUAACCCAACUAAAGCCAGCAGUCCGAUGCGGGUUCGCCUUUGUGGAGUUGUUUGGUGUUCGUGGGAUUGUAAAAGACUUUUUGAAGUAAGCCUGGCAGCACGAGCACAACACAAAGCACUGACCCACGAAUAAAACCAAUCUGUUGCAUGUACUGACGAUGCGUGACAAUCAUCGCUUUAGAAAUAGUGAUGCCAGUUUGGUUUUUGAGUUUCGACGUACGCUAAAUUACGGUCGAAAAUUAUUAUUUUUUUCAAAAGCCAAAUUUCAGUGGCGUUUGUCCUCGUAGCUGAAAAAACGGCGUUGCCAUGGUUACUGCUGGAAACUUAUUUCAACCGCAGUAAAAUAAAUAAAUAAAUAAAAGGUAAUUGCGACAGCAUCUCACAAUUAUAACUUUUUUCUUGCCAUUUUAAGUUUCUAUCUCUUUCCUCGGAUCACCCCGUUUCUUCCCGUUAUAUCUUGUAGUUCCGACUUGUUUAUUAUAGCUCACAGAAUUUCCACGCAAUUCCGAUUGCAUCUCGCAACUCUGACUUAUUCCUCGUAAUCGUUUUCUUAUCUCGCAACUCUGACUUAUUCCUAAUCGUUUUCUUAUCUCGCAACUCUGACUUCCCCCGGUCCCGGGAGGAGAGUCCAGAAGGCACUUUGAGAGGGCAGCCGCCAAACGUGAGGGAAUAAAGACUCCCGAUUACCUUUGUUUGGUGGAACGAGCUUCGGUGGUUUCCGGUGUCUGCGAAGGACAGGGCAAGUUUCCGAGCGUCUGAGGCGGAGGAGCAGGUGGAGGAGCGGACGUAGUCCCGGUGUCGGGAAGAUGUAAGCGUCGUGUAGUGUGAGGUCAUAACGGAAGGCUGACGGUCACGUGACUAUUACCCAGAGAGCGUUGGGUUACCUUUAGCGUAGGAAGGAGCUUGAUUUCGUCCCCCUGUGUUGUGUAUUUCAUGCACUGUUCAUAAAUAGAAUAUAAAAUACGACAAGACAGUGGUUUAUAAGCAUCAUAUCCGACCGACGUGCCACUGCCUACCAUAUCGUGUAGUAAAACAUUAUAUCGGAAUGUAACCAAAACCGAUUGGACAGGCGGAUCUCCAGACGCUGUUUAUAACCAAAGACGCGGCCGUUGUGUACUCAGUUACUUUAAGCUGUGCCAUUUAUUUUUUACUUAACCUUUAUCAGCAAGUUACUUCUGCUUCGGGCAGAUAGCAAGACGCGUUUGUGACUUUUAAUAUAUUUUAUUCUCUAUUUUCUCAUCGAUCUUUUUAUGUAGUAAUAUAUUUUCACACAUGCAGCCGAAAUUAAAACCGUAAGAAGACUACGCGGAAGGAUUUUGAUAAGAAAAGUGGUUUUUAAUUACCGUGUUAUUUUUUUUUUCUUCAGUGUAUGCACAAGUGAAAAAUAUAAUAAAUGUAAAGUCAUGGUACCAAA